AUGCUGAGCGGCGUCCUCUUUCUGAGCGUCCUCACGGUCACCAGCCUGUCACCAUCCGAAACGGAGAGCCGCAAAACUUCAGCCUCCAAAGAUAUCUGCAAGACCCGCUGCGCCUGCGAGGAGCGGGAGAACAUACUGAACAUCAACUGUGAGAAUAAAGGAUUUACCACCGUCAGCCAGUUCCAGGCGCCCCCAAAUAAAAUCUCCCAGCUUUUUCUAAAUGGAAACUUCCUGUCACGGCUCGGCGCCAAUGAGUUUGUCAAUUAUGGCAAUGUCACCUCGUUGCAUCUGGGGAAUAACGGCUUGCAGGAGAUUCGAACCGGCGCUUUUAACGGGCUUCGCUUCCUGAAGCGGCUCCACUUGAACAACAACAACCUGGAGGUGAUUAAAGAGGACACCUUUGCAGGGCUGGAGAGUUUGGAGUAUUUACAGGCAGACUAUAAUUACAUCAGCGCCAUAGAGCCCGGCGCUUUCAGUAAGCUGAAUAAACUCAAAGUGCUGAUCCUGAAUGAUAACCUGCUGUUGUCUUUGCCUCCUAAUAUUUUCCGCUUCGUGCUCCUCACCCACUUGGAUUUACGUGGCAACCGGCUCAAGAUGCUGCCGUUUGCCGGGGUUCUGGAGCACAUAGGCGGCAUCAUGGAGAUCCAGCUGGAGGAGAACCCGUGGAAUUGCACCUGUGAUCUGAUUCCUCUCAAAUCCUGGUUAGACACCAUCUCUGUCUUCGUCGGGGACAUAGUGUGUGAGACGCCGUUCAGGCUGCACGGUAAGGACAUCACUCAGCUCAUAAAGCAGGACCUGUGCCCGCGCAGGAAUGCUGGUGAGCGUGUUCACCCCCCCUCUGACUCUCACUUUCAAGGAGCCCUGCCCCCGACAUACCACCCCGGCAUGAUCACCCCCACCCGUGCCCCGAAAGCUUCCCGCCCGCCCAAAAUGCGCUACAGGCCCACCCCUCGCAUCUCGAAGGACAAACAUGUCUUUGGGCCCAUAAUGGUUUACCAGACGCGCUCCCCUGUCCCCAUGCUGUGUCCCAGCGUGUGCGUGUGCACAUCACAAAACCCUGACAGCGGAUUGAACAUCAAUUGCCAAGAGCGGAAGUUGCAUAACAUCAGCGAGCUGAACCCUAAGCCCUCCUACCCAAAGAAACUCCACCUGACCGGUAACUACUUGCAAGUCAUUUACAGAACUGAUCUGACUGAGUACAGCUCUCUGGAGCUGCUCCAUUUAGGAAAUAACAGAAUAGCAGUGAUUCAGGAGGGUGCGUUUGAGAAUCUAACAAACCUCAGACGGCUCUAUCUUAACGGGAAUUACAUUGAAUCCCUUUCUCAAUCACUUUUCGCUGGUCUGCAGUCGCUCCAGUAUCUGUAUUUGGAAUAUAACAUCAUCAAAGACAUUUUACCACAAACAUUUAACUCUUUGCACAACCUGCAGCUGCUGUUUCUGAACAACAACCUGCUAAGAUCGCUUCCUGACAAUGUUUUCGGGGGGACCAUGCUAACAAGACUCAACCUAAGGAAUAACCACUUCUCCUACCUUCCAGUUAAAGGUGUUCUGGACCAGCUGUCAGCAUUUAUCCAGAUAGACCUGCAGGAGAACCCCUGGGACUGCACCUGUGACAUUGUGGCACUGAAAAACUGGAUGGAGCUGUCCAGCACCAGUGUGGUGGUUAACGAGAUCACUUGUGAUUCGCCCUCUAAACACGCAGGUCGCCUGCUGCGCUCGCUUCGUAAUGAGGCCAUCUGCCCCGACUCCCCUUCUUCCUCUUCCUCUUCUUCUUCUUCUUUUAGCUCUGUCAACCCCACUGAAUCCAGACUCCACACCCCUGAGCUACACCCUGAGGUCCCGCUCUCAGUCCUAAUUCUUGGGCUUCUUGUAGUUUUCAUCCUGUCUGUUUGCUUUGGUGCAGGCCUCUUUGUGUUUGUUCUGAAACGGCGCAAAGGGGUGGAACAUGUGCCCACAGGUGCCAACAACCUAGAUCUCAACUCUUUCCAGGUGCAAUAUGGAUCCUACACCCCUGAACCAACCCAAGACAAAACCUCUGAAAGCCACGUGUAUAACUACAUCCCCCCACCUGUGGGCUCCAUGUGCCAAAACCCUAUUUACAUGCAGAAGGAUGGUGAGCAGGUGGCUUAUUACCGCAACCUGAAAGAGCUCAGCUUUGGGACCCUGGACGUAAAGAAGGACGAUGUCCUCACCCGUAGCCCAGGGGCCUACACCAUCAGCACAGUGGAUUUUAUGGAUAAAUCACCAACGUCAUGUGGUUUGACCACACCAGAGCCUCCUGAGAUGCUGUAUCAAAACUUAGGGGAGAGACCCAACAAAGAUCUCCCCACAUCUGCAGGCGCCCCUCCAUUCAAUUACAACUUUUGCACUUUACCCAAGAGACCUUGCAUCGUGCCCCCCUACGAGGCUGCCACAGCCCGGCGGCAUGUCACCAACCAGGACAGGUUGAAUAAAACUGUGCUGUACGGGACCCCCAGGAAAUACUACGGGGCCGAACACCCUUCCAGAAACAAUGAGUACCCACUUCUGCUCCCUGGGAAGCUUAAAACAGAGCCAGACUACCUGGAGGUUCUGGAGAAACAGACUGCGAUGAGCCAACUGUAA